GGAUUCAGACAUCCAGGAUAAGUAAGUAAGCCUGGCUCAACCAAUCCAAAACAACAGAGUUCAGGCUUAAUUGGUUCCACAAACGCCAAGCCAGGAUAAGUAGACACGGAUUCAUCAAGCCAGGUGAAACUAAUCCUGGAUAAGUUGCAGCACAUGGCUCCUUAAAUAGACCCUGUAAUUGAUCACAGAUUCACUGAUUCACCAUGGCAUCACGUGCAGCAUACUUCUCCCCAUCGGAGCAGGACAUAAUUAUGGAGGCCUACGAAGAGGUAAAAGAACAAAUUAAAAAGAAAGGAAACACUGCCACCGCCAUCAAACAAAGAGAGAAAGCAUGGCAAAGUAUUGCAGACCGCCUGAAUGCGUAUGUAUUGCACAAACACACACUCACUACCCUGCUGAAUCCAUCACAAUUACAAUCCAAAUAGUUAAUUAACAUUCCCAAAAACGUAGUUAUACUCUGAUUAUGAAACUGCGAGUGAAAUGGACUGUAGAUGUGAAAUUAUGUAAAUGCAACUACAUAUUUGCUCCUCAGUUAUUUCAUUCACUAUCUAUGUGUGUGUGUGUGUGUUAUUUAUUUUGUCUUAAUUAAUUUAUUAUUCUUAGAUUAAACAUGACUGGGCCCAAACGAACUUGGCAACAAGUCAAGAUCAAAUAUAAGAACAUCCUGCAGAAUGCUGUUAAAAAAAAACCCACAAGCAAGGCACGGGUGGUGGGUGACCACCAGCUGACCUCACCCCUGCAGAGGACAGAGCCCUGGAACUUAACAGAGGCAGGCCUGUGUUAGAGGGGAUCCCUGGGGGGACAGACUCAAAUAUAAAUCCCUCCCAGGAAGAUGCCUCCCUCUUCAUUAAAGGUACAUUCUUCCAUCUUUACAUGGGACAUAACCAACCAUUCAUAUUGAAUCCAUUUGGACUAUCUGACUCUGUUUUACCUUGCAGUAUCUGGAAACACCAUCUCACUGUUGGAGCCUCCAACAGUGGCGUCACCAAUACCAGAGGAUGAUGAUCCAGGUGAAGGCACCAGUGGAGCAGCAGGAGCAGCAGAUGAAGUCGAUGAGGAGACUGUGUCUCUUGAUUCAAGAAGGUUUGAGGUAUCAUGUCAAAUGAAAGUACUCAUUCAGUCUACAAUGGUGAGAAGUCAUCAUCAUCUGGAGCCCACACAAAAUGUCAUUUCUGUAACAGGACCCAGAUGCUCUACAGGAUGAAAGCCAGCCUUGCAACAUAGUGAGUAUUUAUGGAAGUACAUUCCCAUCAUGCAAAAUUCCUGCUGUGCUGAUUAUUAUGUGUUUACAGAACUCACAAGCUAUCAGACAGCUGUAUGCCACACAUCUGAAACGGCAAAUACAACUGGCCGAUAUGGACAUUGAAUACAAAAGAAGACAGAUGGCAGACCUCUCCGUGGAGUCCGAAAUUAAAAGGAGGAAACUGAGGAAACUGAACCUUGAAAUAAAAAAACUUGAGCGGGAGGUGAGUUUCACCUUCAGUGUACACUGUAUGCUGACUGUAACACAGACAAUCUAUUAAUUAUUAUUCUCCUUUCCUCACCCAGCUUCAAGAAGAAGAAUCUUAAAUAAAAGAUCAAAAGACCUUCUGUGGUGUUUGCUUGUUUAAUUUGUGCACAGUUAGGUGGGAUUGCAGAUUGUAUUCCACAGUCUGACAUAAUGCCUAGUGUCAUCUCUAUGGUAGCCCCAAGUGCUUUGAUUGGUUAGAAGUCACACACCAAAGACUGGCUGUAUUAAGACAAAAAGAAAUGCACAUAAUGUACCUGAAAUGCUAUUUCCCAGAUAUCAAAACACUUUAUGGCAGAAGUUGAGCAGUGUGAAGGUCAAACAGGGAGCAUUUUAAUCAAUUAUCUAUUCUUUAAGGCAAUAGGUAUCCUGAUAAUUAGAUAACCAUUUGUAGCUUGUGAGAGUGCAAAGGUGUUCCUCAUUAAAUCUAGCGAUCCAAUAGCCUAUAUGAAGGCCCAAAAUGGUGUGUUCCUUCCUGCUCAAACAAUGGCGUGUCCAUUCCUGCAAGAGGUUGUGGAUGGAGAAGCUCUUGUGCUCAGGAGAGCCUUCAGGCGGGAGAGGGUCUUCAGGGACAGGGCGAACCCAUUGGCCUUCCCUGAUGACCACCUACACGAAAGAUAUAGGUUUUCUGCAGAUGGCAUCCGAUAUCUGUGCAGACUGCUGGGUCCCAGGAUCCAACACCACACAGCACGGAGCCAUGCGCUGAGUGUUGAGCAAAUGGUGUGUGUGGCCUUGCGCUUCUUUGCAAGUGGGGGCUUCCUGUACUCAGUGGGGGAUGCUGAAAACCUGGCCAAGGCCACAAUUUGCCGUGUGGUGCGUAGUGUCUGUCUAGCCCUCAAAUCACUAUCAGGUGUCUUCAUCUCCUUCCCUGGACACAGAAGACUCAGUGACAUCAAAGAGGAUUUUUAUAGGAUUGCAGGUUUCCCCAAUGUCAUUGGUGCACUUGACUGCACCCAUAUCAGAAUAAAAUCCCCCUCAGGUGCCCAUAAGGGAGAUUUUGUGAACAGGAAAUCCUUUCACAGCAUUAAUGUUCAGAUGGUCUGCAAUGCUGACUACCUGAUCAGCAAUGUUGUGGCAAAGUGGCCUGGCUCAGUCCAUGACUCACGAAUCUUUCGGUCCUCUGCAGUCUAUCGGCGCCUGUCACAAGGUGAAUUCUCUGGUGUGCUGCUGGGGGACAGAGGCUAUGCCUGCGAGCCUUUUUGCCUCACACCCUACGCAGACCCUCAGGAAGCACAGCGGGCAUAUAACGAUGCCAAUGCCAGGACAAGGGCUCGGAUCGAGAUGACCUUUGGCCUCCUGAAGGCACGCUUCCAGUGUCUGCACCAUCUGAGACAGAGCAUGCGAUAUUACUGUGGCCUGUGCUGUCCUCCACAAUGUGGCCUGCCUGAGGAAGGAGAGGGCCCCCAGAGUGCCAUCAGAUGUGGACCGGGACAAUCCGGCCAUCUUCCCGGAUGACGACAGUGGUCGGCUGAUCAGGGACCAAUACGUUUUGAAUUAUUUCAGUUAAAAUGCAUUCUGCACAUUUAAGUUGAAUAUGGCCUGCAAUAGCAGAGGAAUUUGUGUUAUUUUAUAUUAAUUUGGCUUAUUGUGCUGUGUACUGUGCGUAUACAGGCCUGACAUUUGUUCAUUUGUUAAGUAUGGAUUUGUCCUGCAUUUAUUCCAGUGUGCAGACAUGCAGGGUGUUUUAUAUACAGACCUUUGAGAAUGUGUAUUUAUUCUUGUGAUGAAUAAUAUGCUUUGAUUCAGUGCUUUCUAUCUUGUAGAGCACUGUGUGACGUCACUUUUGAAAGGAACUGAUGGAUUACUUGCUUUGAUUUAUCCUAUUCAAUAAAGGAACAUCAUGUCAUCAUGUUACUGUAUGGUGUGUAUUUUUUUAAUCAUUUAUUUA